AUUUGAACGAACACAUCAAACCAGCCCUCCCAAAAACUACUAAAAGAGACCUAGAGAGAGAGAGUGGAGAGACAAUGCCUGUUUCUUUAGAGAGAGAAAGCCCGUUGUUGACACUAGAGAGGCAAGAAACCAGAGGCAAGAUUUUAGGUAAGCCCACGUGGAACACACACUGGACCACCUUCGUAGCUUGUACGUGGGUGGCAACGUGGCUGAACCCUAGCUCUGAAACCCUAGCUUGCGUGUACCUGGAGAAAAAUCCCAACCCCAAUUUCCUAUGCACUCUCUCUCUCUACUAAUGGCGUAACCCUAAAAUGUGAAUACUUUGUUCGGAACAGGUUCAGCUUUUUCAGGUUUUUGGUACACGGGGUCUUUCUUUUUAUUGGAUUUGAGCUUUUCUAGGGUUUUGGGUACUUGAGUGCUGCUUUCCUUUCAUGCAUUUUGAGGGUUUUGGAUUGUUGGGUUCCGGAGUUAUUGCUGAUUUGCAUUUUCUGGGGUUCCGGGUUCUGAAGUUUCUGGUUUUUUGUUGGUUUUUGAAGGUAUUUGGUACUUGUUUUUUAGGAUACUAGGGCACUGGUAUUUUUUUUUGGCGGGGUUUUUGAGGUUUGUUUUAUGAACAAUGAGUUAAUGUUUUUUUAGUCCUUAGGGCACUGGGUUAUUGGUUUUAGGGCUUCAGGGCUCUCAUUUCUGUGGUACCCUCCAGUUCCUCUCCUUGUUCUUUUAGGGCUCUGGUUUCUUGUAUCGAGGGUGAUUUUAUGGGUGAGGAUGUAUUGAUGAUGGAAGGAAGGAAAGAUGUCGGGGAAAAUGGUUACUCUAUUAAGGAAAACGAGAAACCGCCUAAUCCUCUUUCAAGUUCAUAUACACAAGGCUUUGGCCAUGGCCAUUUGACGCCUCCUUGUAGGCCCUCUCUCGUUCGCCAUGCUUCGCUAAUCAAGAUUAGAGAGGACUCCGGAGAGAGUAGAGGAGCCUCGAAAAGCGAAUUCAUCCCCAUUGUUCGUUCUGGUGGUUGGGCUGACAUAGGGUCCAGGCAGAGCAUGGAGGAUGUACAUGUAUGUGUGGAUGAUUUCCUGCAUGAUUAUGAUGGACGUGAGCAUUUUGGAGAGGGGCCUGGUGCAUUCUAUGGGGUUUUCGAUGGUCAUGGAGGGAAACAUGCUGCUGAUUUUGUGUGCAAAAAUCUGCCAAGGUUAAUAUUGGAAGAAACAGAGUUCCCAAGAGAGAUAGAGAAGGCACUCACAUCUGCCUUUUUGCAAACUGACAAUGCUUUCGCAGAAGCUUGUGCUCUUGACAGCGCUCUCGCUUCUGGUACAACAGCACUGGCUGCGCUUGUUCUUGGAAGGUCCCUUGUGGUCGCCAAUGCCGGUGACUGCCGCGCGGUCCUCUCACACCGUGGCAAGGCCAUCGACCUGUCGCGUGACCACAAGCCGGGGUGUGCCCACGAGCGCUGCCGCAUCGAGGCAUCUGGUGGCUUUGUCUCGGAUGAUGGAUACCUCAAUGCCCAACUCAAUGUGGCCCGCGCUCUUGGUGAUUGGCACUUGGGUGAUGACAUCAAAAGAAGAAGACCUAGACUAUUGUGCCCAUCCUCUUCUUAUGAUUCCGGAUCACCAUUUUCGUGUGGUCCCUUGAGUGCUGAGCCUGAGACCAGUUCGACACUUCUUACCGAGGAAGAUGAGUUUUUAAUCAUUGGUUGUGACGGAAUUUGGGAAGUUUUUAGGAGUCAGAAUGCCGUUGAUUUUGCAAGGCGGCGGCUUAUGGAGCACAAUGACCCCAGAGCCUGCUCCAGAGAGCUUGUGGUAGAAGCUCUUAAGCGGAGGAGUGGGGAUAAUUUGUCAGUGGUAGUUGUAUGCUUCCAUCAUACUCCACCACCAAGCCUUGUGGCGGGGCCGGUGAGGUCAAGGGUGCAGAGGAGCAUCUCGGCAGAGGGGUUGAGGGAGUUGCAGAGCUGUUUGGAUGCCUUAGGGAGUUAGAUAAGAGUUAGAUAAAAGACAUGUCACUUUGAGGAGUCAUUCCUCUCUCUCUCUCUCUCUCUCUC